ACGAUUGUGCCUCUUCAAGUACUUAAAUCGGAUUUGAAGUCCGAUAUCCAUAUCUUCUCGUCUUCAGCUUGCCACUUGCCCUCGCUCUUUGAAAAACAAAUAGCAAUGGUCCAAAUGGAGUACCACGGAGCGAGACACUGAAAUAUUGCUAAAGGUGUGCUGAGUUUUCUUUCCAUGCCACCAUCCAGAAAGGAGAGUGAGGCAGGACAAGUGUUCUUUUCUCCUUUCAAGAUUUAUAUAAAUACAUCGCCUGCUCACCAUAUAUUGUUGUGUUAAUCCAUCAUCUUUAUCUCCAAUACUAUUGACCAGUUCACUACAACAUUCAAAAUGGCCACCACAUACACCAUCCAGAUCUUCAACUCAUCCAACAUCAACAGAAGUUACUCUUUGUUUCAAAGUGUUCCAACUCCCCAAAACUCACCCGACUGCUUUACCAAUGUCUAUCAGAGGUCUCCUAUGAUCGUGAGUGGGAACUCGAGUUACUGCACCUUCAGCAUGCAGAAAACGUUCUAUGCCAUCUACGGCACAUCCCCAAAGACUCUGUCUGCAGGCGUCACAGUCACAAGCUGCAACUCAGCGCCCAUCACUCUCUCAAGCAACGAUGGAACACCACCAGCCUCAAGCGGAACCCAACUCGCCUUGUCGACUAUCGAGAAGAACGGUAAAGAUCCCAUGUGGGGUGCUCCAUCCAUGACACAAGGCACACUCCCAAAUUCCUACGGUAUCAGCUGCGAUUCUUCCUUCAGCUAUCCUAAUUCUAGCAACAUCUGCAUCGGCUUCGGCGCCACAGAUCCCCACACCGGCCAAGUUAUACCUGUAGCAACGAUCCCAGCCAUCCCUGGCACCGAUUUCUUCUUCGAGCCAAAGAACACCUACUAUAUUGCUGCAGGCAGUUGGGCUCUGGGGACGGUGGUUAAUGUUGCUGCGUUAUCCACUACGCUUACGGUGGACUUCACCCAGAUUUCUAUGCAUGAUGCUAUUUUUACUCAUUGUGCGGAUGGCAGUUGGAAGGUGGGGCCGCCGAGGUCGUGAUGUGAGGCGGGUAUAGGGUGAUGGUGAACGUUCUUUGUGGGAUUAUUGACUGGAUUCUGUUUGAGAGAGAGAGGUAAUAGGGAAGGAGUAAGGGAAGGUAAUGGGCAGAAGACUUUGUAACAAUAGGUUUAUUGAGAGGGGGUAAUAUUGGAAAGUAUGUUUGAAGAUAUGUAUUCAUAAGUU